AUGGACGUAUCUCCAAUGAAAAGCAACCGCAAGGUUCGAUUCUCCCUUCCGGACAACAACAUUCCAACAAUCUCUGCUGCAGCACCGCAGCAUAAACAACGCCUCUACCAUGGAACACUACAGUACGUAAAUGGAACCCUGGUCAGCCAACCUGCCACACCGGCGUCGAGUCCACCAACGGUCAUCGGUCACGAAACAAAUCGUCAGCAGCAGCUGCAGCCAACACAGCUCCGGCCGACUAAGACUAAAGACACGAAUACCAAGAUUGUCCUCCAUUUGCGACCGUCCACUGGAGUGGAUAAAUUUGAAAAUGUGGAUAUUUCAGGAAAACCGGCUAUCAGUGGAACACUUGAAAAAGGUCCCAGAAAGAUACCAAAAUCCAGCUUAUCGAAAAUUGAAAACCGAGCUCAUCGAAUGCUUCCACAAAUAAAUCAAAAAUUUCCAAGCAGCGAGGAACUAAACCCCCACAGCAGUACCAGCCGGGAAAUUUGCCACAGACACAAAUCUAAUGACGAUCUUGGUUCCAAGGAUGCCAACAAUAACGUGCAGCAGCUUAGAAAACAAAGCGUCACAUUGCGAUCGCUUUCGAAUCUCAAUGCCACCGUAGGACCAAAAUCUGCUUCCAGUAGACCACGUUCCAAAUCGUUGGGAAAAAUCAGCUCGUGCAAACCUGGAAAACCGCUCAUUUCCCCGCAUCUACAGCAGCAAGAGAGCAACAUCACCAUUAAAGUGCAGGAAAGUUCCCCAUCACGAAGAGCUUCGCUGGCGGAAAAUGCGGAACAGAACUCAAUCAGCAAACGUCACAGCAGUGUAGCGCAGACGAAUGGUGGUAACGGAGGCGAAGGUGAGCCGGUUGCCAUUCCCAGCCCGAGGCCAAAACCCCAGUAUGCCCAAUGUAAUUUUCUAACGGUGCCAGAGUUCACCGAUCGGUACGAAGGCAUGGAAACUGUUGUUUCCGGUUCUGCCACUGUCUCGGAUGAUGAUGAGGAAAAUGAGGAAGGUGAUGGAGGACAGAACGGACGGUCGAAUGAUAAUCGAACUAAUGCUGUCGACAUUAUCGAGUUGAAGAAAAGUGGCGGAACUCGCGGAUCGAAGCGAGCUGUCGGUGGAAAUGGUAUCGAUUCUAAUGGUGAAAGCGAACCGAGAGCCACCCUACCGCUGAACGACGCGAGCUUCAAGUGCAUCCAAGACACAAACCUAGGGCGGGACCGAAAUGUGCUCCAGUUUUGGGACUUUGUCGAACGGUGGCGCGCUAACCGAACGUUGAAAAAGCUCGACAACAACAGCUUUGCUGCCAGCAACGGAGUUGAUAGUGUCGCCGGCGGCGGCGGUGGCAGCGUCACCGGAGGAGGAAAUGGACUGAACGGCUACGCCAACGGAUCCAGCAAUCCGUCGUCGUCAGUACAGAUCGGCGGUUCGGGCAAAUCGGACGUGAAAAGCCCAACACUUAGCUCCCGGAUACGAGCCCUAAGGAUGAGCAUGGAACAGGUGCCCACAGUGACAACGCUGCUUAGGGCAUCGCGCGACGCCAACGAGCACCUGCUGAAGGAAGUCUUCAGGGACAUACUGGAGAAUGGUAUUUCGCGAGAAAACCUCAAUUCAACGGAUCGCAGUGGAAGGACUGCGAUAUCGUACAUAUGCUCUACCAACUUGACAAAUUUUUUGGAACUUUUCCUUCAAUUGCCUGGCAUCGAUGUGAAUAAACCGGAUAAUGAGGGAAACACGCCGCUCCAUUUCGCAGCGCAAGCUGGAUUAUCCGACAUCGUCAACAUGCUCAUCACCAAGUGUCGAAGUUUGGUAAUUGACCCCAAAAACAAUCUGGGUUUCACGCCUCUGAUGAAAGCUGCUCUGCAGGGAAGAACUCGCUGUGCAAAGCUGUUACUAUUCGCUGGGGCAUCACCAGUCGAGACUGACACAGGACGAGGCUUUAGAGCUGAACAGUGGGCUCGAUUUUGUGGAAGACACACGUGCGCCGAAACGAUAGAACAGUGUGCCCGCGCCAGGCUACUGGACAAAUCGACGCCCUGCGGCAAAUGGUCCCACGACAUAAAUCUUCCGAUUGAUAAAAAUGUCCCUUUGAAGGCCACUAGAAGUAGCAGUAUCACACCACAAACAACCACGCAAAAUGGUAUCCGUUCAAAAUUCCGCAAAGUAUUUCCCUUUAAUUUCUCCUCAAAAGACAAGCACACGGCCAAGGAAGUGGACGAGAAUUAUACCAAAGAUCUGGUAAACUAUCUCAAAUCGGCCACAAUCUGCGUCAGUGGCCCUGCACUGUCUGCCAAUAAGAAAAUUAUCCAGAGCCUUAUACGACCACUAGAAGUGCCAAAACUAGAAGUUACCUACGCCAACAAUAAUGCGCUCAUCAAAAAGUACGAGGCUGCGGACUACGGAUGCAAUGGUGCCACCGGAAGCGGCGACGAACGCCGGGAUUCCUCGGGCUCCGUCGACAGUCGGCACUCGACUCCCCAACACUCGCCAGUUCCAGCGACGGCGAGAGGAAAGAUUAAAAACUAACGCCGCCAACAACACCAACCGAACACCGCACUUUAGGAUGGAAUAGAUCGAAGUCGUGCUUAAAUACUAUAGCUUCCCCGUUUGCUAAUAGUUGUUAUUACACUCUUAAACUUAUUCGUAAUUGUUAAUAUUCAACAAUAUACAGAUAGUUGAUACACCAAAAAGUGCAUUGAAUUGAUAUAUCAGAUUUUUCUGCUAACGUAUCUAAUGAAAUUAAAUAUCAUGAUAAGAUAAGUGAAGUUCUUACUCGGAACAACUGCGGUAGAAUGUAAGUGAGAAUGAUGAUUAAAAAAAUGCAAACUCCACUCUGAAUAGACUGUAAUGGAGAACAUUUUCUUACUGAAGACUAUGAUAGGUACAUAUUUUCAUGAAUCUCUUAUACAAAAAUUAUACGACAUAUUAAUCAUCCCUUCUUUUAUACCGAUUGACUUCCUCUACUUUUACG